AAACUCCUUCAAUUCUCCCUGAUCGCCCUCGACUCGGAGUUUCCUGUAGUUAUUUUACAAUAUUUAUUAAAUUACCUAAAAUUACAAAAUGACUGUUGCAAUUUCCGUGAGCUCAGAGAAGGGCGUGAAGGAUUUAGAUGCGUAUCUAAGUGAACGCAGCUACAUUCAAGGAUACCAACCAACCAAUGCUGAUGUUGCUGUUUUUGAGGCGUUUUCCAAGGCUCCAACUUCUUCUACCCCUCAUGCUCUAAGAUGGUACAAUCACAUCAAAUCCUUUACUGCAGAUGAAAAGAAGAAGUUUACUGGUGAUAAGAAAAUCCCAACAACAUUAGGAGCUGGAGCUGCAUCUGCACCAGCCACUGCCAAGCCCGCCGCGAAAGCUGAUGAUGAUGACGAUGUCGAUCUUUUUGGCUCAGAUGACGAAGAGGACGCAGAGGCAGCAAAGCUGAGAGAAGAGAGGCUGAAGGCAUAUUCAGAGAAGAAGUCCAAGAAACCUGCACUCAUUGCCAAGUCCAGCAUCGUCCUGGAUGUCAAGCCUUGGGACGACGAGACCGACAUGAAGGAGAUGGAAGCUAAAGUCAGAACCAUCGUGAAGGAGGGCCUUGUUUGGGGAGCAUCAAAACUUGUUCCGGUUGGUUACGGUAUUAAGAAACUCCAAAUCAUGUGCGUCGUUGAAGAUGACAAGGUUUCUGUUGAUGAGCUGACAGAAGAUAUCACCAACUUCGAAGACUUCGUACAAUCCGUUGAUAUUGCUGCGUUUAACAAGAUCUAAUUAAAAAUUGUUGUUUUUGAAAGACUGUCCAUUUUAUAAAACCUAUGAACCCAAUUAAACUACAGGGUCAGAACUAAUAUAAAAUGUUUGUAUCUGACGUUGGUGUAAAGUUUUAUUAAUAAAAUAUUUAUAAAUUGA